AUGGGAGGGCAGUGGAGGAGCGAUGAGGCAAGGCGAGGAAAGAAUGCAACGUUGGUGGUCUCAGUUGUGUAUCAGCAGAAAGAGGGUGGUGGUGGCGCAGGUCUUAUCUACUCACCUGUUAUGCGUAUGCUUGAUGGGAUAAUUAUGCCACCCAUCCUCCUCUCCUCCCCCUUCCCUCCCUUCCUUUUGCCACGGACCACACGCGCAUCCUCUCUGCAGUCCCACAUUGAAGAUUUCCAGCGGUCAGUAGUGCGGGCGUACAUGCAGGUGGAUGGAGCACUGGCUGGUCAUUUUCCUUCAAAUAUUGUAUUUUGCCUUUGA